UCCCUAAAGCAGGUUGUUUGUUCUUUUCUAGUAUUUGAAGUCUUACUUCUAUGUUUAAAAUAGCUAUACCUCAGUAUCAAAAGAAAUGUCACAAGUUCAAUAUUCUUUCUAUACUGAUGGAAUUGAACUACUUUUUGUAGAAAAGCCCUAUUGAGGCGCCAUGCAUGGAUAUUCUUUUGACUUCAUCUAAGGAUCCAUAAGGAGAAUUUCUUGAGGGAAAGAUAACUCUCUUUGUUCUUUAGGAUUUGGGCUAAUUCAGUCACCUGCAUAUUUUCUCUGAUAAAUAAUAGAACCAGAAGAUUACAUUUAACUUUAACUGAUAAAAUGACUGGUUUAAAUGACUUUUAUUUAGUUUCAGAUAAAUGCUUCUUGAUGUAGAUUUGUCUUAGCUUUUAGUUAGACUAUGAAAAGGCUUAUUGUGAGAAUUUUAGGAAGCAGUAAGGACUGUUUUCUCUUAAUUUCUUUCUAAAUGCAUUAAGUAGAUGAAGCCAAUAUUAUACCCAAUUCACGUCGUACAUGAAACUACUGUGAAUGUCCUCUUCAGACCUAUACUUUGGUUUUUUUUUGUAAAGCUUUUUUAAUGGCUUAUUACCUAUGAAAAUUUUGUGAUGGGGUCAUUAAACUAAAUGGGUGUGAUGUCACUUCAUAAGUAGUCAGACAAAUCCUUGUGGCUAAUUUCUUGUAGAUCUUCUUGAUUAAUGAAGUUAAAACUUAACUUCCAUUAACUUUCAGGGAGAUGAGUUGGCAUGAGGGAAUCGGAAAGGCUGUCUUUAAAUGACUUUCAACUAGUGCUGAAAGUCAUUCCACAUUUUCAGUUUAUGUGCUAAAAAAUAUAAAAUUUGCAAGUACCUCUGCAUAAAGCUGUUUCUAACACUUCUUGUGUUAGAAUAGACACAGAGCUUAUCAUUUAAAUCCUGUCUUAUCAACUUACGAUGAAGGCAAAACGUAUAAGGAACUAACCUGUCCCCAGAUUUGUAUCAUAAUCUGAGACUCAUAAAACUCUCACUGGUUUUGCGGUGUGGUGCAGAAUGGAAUGCUGUGAAUAAAUUCUUCCUUAAGUCUGGCCAACACAAAUGUACUUUUGACAGCUGGUAGAGGCAUAGCCUUUUAAAUUAAGGCAUGUUAACAUGGGCUGUCUUCCAAAAUGGUUAGCUUGGGAUUUGAAUGCUCUUCCAAAAUUUUUAUUCGAAACAUUCCUUGUGCAUAUUCAAACGCAGUAGUUAAAAAGUGAUGUAAUCAUUUGCCACACAAAGAAGUUUGCCUUUUCAAACUUCUGAUUUUUAUUUUGCAGCUCCGUUGUGUAGUGACAUGUUCCAACAUACCUAGUGUAGAAGGUUCUGUUAUUUUAAAGCUUUACAAGACGUUACUCUAGACCAAAAGUGUUUAAAAUGCAAAGUUGUAUCUGUGAUUCCUCUGUUGGAUGACAGUUCUGUGUUUAACCAAUAUUUAUCUGCAUAGGGAUGGCAUAACUGUGAGCAUCUCUCUGGUAUCUGUUUGAAGAGGACACUGUUGGGGGGCCCAGGUAUUUCUUUUAUAUUUUAUAGUUUUAGAGGUGUCCGGACUCUGUAAUGGUCAAAGAUUUCCAGUAGAAGAGGAUGAGACAAGAAUAAAAUGCAUGUGGGAGACUCUGGACCUAGGCACUUCAUGCUUUUGAUGCUAGCUGGGAGGGAACUUGAUAUACACUUUUACCAACCUUUCUUAGAAAAAACAGGUUUGUGGGUCUGUGCUUCCAGACAGAAUUUAUACAGACAGAAAAUUCUGAAUAUGACUUAACUUCUUGAUAUUGGCAGUGUUUCUAAUGAAUGUCCCAUGGACUUUAUCAAGUUCAGGAGGUUCUAUACUAGCACUGCAGAGCAAAACCCUAAGCAGCAACCUGAUAUCAGUGAAAAUAUUUCUUCAUCGUUCUCAUUAAAAGAGCAACAGAAAAUGAGUGAGUGUUCUGGACUUGCAAGCAACCAUAGCGAGAUGAAUGCUGGAGAUUCAGAAAUUCAGGCAAAGCCUGAACAGUCUCCUGAAGUUCUUCAGGAAGAUAUUGAAAUGAGCAGCGGAUCCAGUGGAAAUGACUUCAGCGGAAAUGACACAAAUGAAAACUAUUCCAGUGGACAUGAUUCUCAUGGCCAUGAAUCUGAUGAAAAUGGGAAAGGUUCGACAAUGCUCAUGGAAUCUUUAGACUGUCAUAAAAGUUCAAGCUCAAAUGCAUUUAGUCUGAUGAUUGCAAACUCUGAGCACAAUCAAUCUAGCAGUGGAUGCAGUAGUGAGCAGUCCACUAAAGCCAAAACACAAAAGGAACUGCUGAAAACCUUACAGGAGCUGAAAGCUCACCUUCCUUCUGAAAAGAGAAUCAAAGGCAAAUCUAGUGUCCUAACAACAUUGAAAUAUGCCCUUAAAAGCAUUAAACAAGUUAAAGCCAAUGAGGAGUAUUAUCAAUUGUUGAUGAUUAAUGAAACCCAGCCUUCUGGACUCAAUGUGUCAUCUUACACAGUGGAAGAAGUUGAGAAUAUAACCUCAGAAUACAUCAUGAAAAAUGCGGAUAUGUUUGCUGUAGCUGUUUCGUUGAUUACUGGGAAGAUCUUGUACAUCUCUGAUCAAGCUGCUUCUAUUCUCCGCUGUAAGAGGGGUUAUUUUAAAAAUGCCAAGUUUGUGGAGUUCUUGGCACCUCAGGAUGUCAGUGUGUUCUAUACUUCCACUACCCCAUACAGAUUACCGUCAUGGAAUAUUUGCAAUAGAGCUGAGUCUUCCACCCAGGAUUGCAUGGAAGAGAAAUCUUUUUUCUGUCGCAUCAGUGCAGGAAAGGAGCGUGAAAAUGAGAUUUGCUAUCACCCGUUUCGGAUGACUCCUUACCUUAUCAAAGUGCAAGAUCCGGAAAUAGCAGAGGACCAGCUUUGCUGUGUGCUGUUGGCAGAAAAAGUACACUCUGGUUAUGAAGCACCCAGAAUUCCUCCUGACAAAAGAAUUUUUACAACUACACAUACACCGACCUGCUUGUUUCAGGAGGUAGAUGAAAGAGCGGUACCUCUGUUGGGAUACCUACCUCAGGACUUAAUAGGAACGCCAGUCUUGGUGCAUCUUCACCCGAAUGACAGACCCUUAAUGCUAGCGAUUCACAAAAAAAUACUUCAGUAUGGAGGACAGCCUUUUGACUAUUCACCAAUCAGGUUUUGCACUAGAAAUGGAGAUUAUAUAACCAUGGACACUAGCUGGUCCAGUUUCAUCAAUCCGUGGAGUCGAAAAGUUUCAUUUAUCAUUGGAAGACACAAAGUUAGGACGGGUCCUUUAAAUGAAGAUGUUUUUGCUGCUCCCAACUAUACAGAGGACAGAAUCCUUCAUCCCAGUGUUCAGGAAAUCACUGAGCAAAUCUAUCGGCUAUUACUGCAGCCCGUGCACAACAGUGGAUCCAGUGGCUAUGGAAGUCUGGGUAGCAACGGCUCACAUGAGCACUUAAUGAGUGUGGCGUCCUCCAGUGACAGCACAGGAAAUAACAAUGAAGAUGCUCAUAAGGAUAAGCCAGAGACUUGUCAGGGUGCCCGUAAGGUCAAAAAUAAAGGACAACAUAUUUUCACUGACGGUAAAGCAAAACUGGAACAUAAGAGAGAGCCUUUUGCAGAAAAACAAAACGGUCCUGGAGGUCAUGUUAAAGAUGUGGCGGGAAAGGAUACUGCAAUCACAGCUGCUCCUAAAAGUGUGGUCACUGAGGAGUUGGCUUGGAAGGAACAACCUGUAUAUUCUUAUCAACAGAUUAGCUGUUUGGACAGUGUCAUCAGAUAUUUGGAGAGUUGUAACGUGCCUGGUACAUCAAAGAGAAAAUGUGAACCUUCAUCAAAUGUUGCAUCGCUGAAUUCUGGUGUUCAUGAACCAAAAACAGCUGAUAAUGCUAUACAACCCCUAGGAGACCCUGCUGUGUUGAAGGCAUCUGAUAAAUCAAGUGCCCCUCCAGUAGUUGGCGCUCACUUAACCUCUUUGGCUUUACCUGGCAAACCAGAAAGUGUUGUAUCUCUCACAAGUCAGUGCAGCUACAGUAGCACCAUAGUUCAUGUUGGAGACAAAAAGCCACAACCUGAAUUAGAAAUGAUAGAAGAUGGUCCUGGUGGAGCAGAACUCUUAGAUGGCCAACUUCUUGCCCCUCCAUCUAGCUCUGUGCAUGUAAAUCAGGAAAAGGAGUCAUUUAAAAAACUGGGACUUACAAAGGAAGUCCUUGCAGUGCAUACACAAAAAGAAGAGCAGAGCUUUUUGAAUAAGUUUAAAGAAAUCAAGAGGUUCAAUAUUUUUCAGUCCCAUUGUAAUCACUACUUACAAGAUAAACCCAAAGGACGGCCUGGCGAACGUGGUGGCCGUGGACAAAGAAAUGGCACUUCUGGGAUGGAUCAGCCUUGGAAGAAAAGUGGAAAAAACAGGAAAUCAAAGCGCAUUAAACCACAGGAGUCUUCAGACAGUACAACUUCUGGAACUAAAUUCCCCCAUCGGUUCCCACUCCAAGGUUUAAAUACCACAGCUUGGUCACCGUCAGACACUUCACAAACAAGCUAUUCAGCCAUGUCUUUCCCCACUGUUAUGCCUGCAUAUCCACUUCCUGUUUUUCCAGCAGCUGGGACUGUGCCACCGGCUCCUGAGGCUCCACUGUCUGGUUUUAAUCAGUUGCCAGACUCUAGAAAUACUUGUCCUAUGCAACCAUCCCAGUUCUCUGCACCCCUUAUGACACCUGUCGUAGCUCUUGUGCUCCCGAACUAUGUCUACCCAGAGAUGAACAACAGCUUACCUCAAACCCUUUACCAUAGCCAACCCGACUUUCCUGCCCAUUCCACUUUCUCUUCACAGACAGUAUUUCCAGCACAGCCACCAUUCACUGCCCCCAACCCUUUCCCACAACAGGGGUUUUUUCCAGCGCAGCCAUUCCAUUAUAAUCCACCAGCGGAGAGUGAAAAGGUUCCUGUUACAGAGCCACGAAAUGAACCAUCCCGUUCCUGCACUCCACAGUCAGUUGGUCCACAAGACCAGGCUUCACCGCCUUUGUUCCAGUCAAGGUGCAGUUCUCCUCUGAACCUUCUACAAUUGGAAGAAACCACCAAAACCGCUGAAAGCGGAGCUGCUGCAGGUUUACAUGGAGCUUUAAGUGAGGAAGGAGCUAUAGGCAAAAUCAUGACAACUGAUGAUUGCAGUGGAAAGGGAUCUUUACCAGCUGAAUCUCCAAUGGAUGCUCAAAAUAGUGAUGCGCUCUCCAUGUCCAGUGCCCUGCUUGACAUUUUGCUUCAAGAAGAUGCAUGUUCAGGCACUGGUUCGGCUUCCUCAGGAAGUGGUGUAUCUGCAGCUGCUGAAUCUUUGGGCUCUGGAUCCAACGGCUGUGGCAUGUCAGGGAGCAGAACAGGUAGUAGUGAAACUAGUCAUACCAGCAAAUACUUUGGGAGCAUUGACUCCUCGGAAAAUCAUCAUAAAACCAAAAUGAAGACAGAAAUAGAAGAAAGCGAGCACUUCAUUAAAUAUGUCCUUCAAGAUCCUAUAUGGCUUUUGAUGGCAAACACAGAUGACACUGUUAUGAUGACUUACCAGAUACCUUCUCGAGAUUUGGAAACAGUUUUAAAAGAAGAUAAGCAGAAAUUAAAGCAAAUGCUGAAACUACAGCCAAAAUUUACAGAAGAACAAAAAAGAGAGCUUAUUGAAGUUCAUCCAUGGAUCCAGCAAGGUGGACUGCCAAAAACAGUAGCUAAUUCUGAAUGUAUUUUUUGUGAGGACAACAUACAGAGCAAUUUUUAUACAUCGUAUGAUGAAGAAAUCCAUGAAAUGGACCUUAAUGAAAUGAUUGAAGACAGUGGGGAGAGCAACUUGGUUUCUCUGAGUCAAGUCAGUGAAGAACAAACAUAGCCUUUGAGCCUCUAGUUUUUAAAGCUGCUUCAAAAUUACAGUGAUGAUCCAUAAAGGUUUUAAUCUUGUUUCCAGCAAGAUGAAUCUGGUUCAUAAAACAAAUGUAUUUUUUCUGUUAUAGAAGAAUCAUUUGUGAAAGAAUCUCUUUUUUAAAUGGUGGCAAUCUCUUCCCAGUAAGGACAUUGUUGAAGAUGGCAUAGCUUUUCUUUAAAAAAAAAAAAAAAAGAAAGACUCAUAUUUUGCACUUACGCCUCAAGUAUUUCUUUAUAAACUAUUGAAGUUUUCAUUGAUGCCUACUGUUUUUUGUAGAGUGGGUUAAUGAGUACUGAAAAUCCCCGUAUGUACAUACGGUUCUUCAAAUCUCCUUUCAGUAAUGAUGCAGCGUCACAAAUUGUUCUAGCAGUUUUGCUUAAUAGCUCUUUAGCAUUGCUGUUAAUAGUUGAAGUGGUCCAGCAUAAUAGAAGAAAUAACCUUCAAGCAAAUUCACCCUUGUUUGUCUCCAUAUCAGUUGAUCCCAUCGUCUUUGUUUGUUUCCUAUAGUUUUGACUGUAGGAUUUUUUUCUUUUUUUUUGUCUAAAAGCAAGGUAAAACUGUUUUUUGUUUUUUGUUUUUUUAAGAAGGCCUUAGGUUAAAAUUCUUAUGUGAAUGUGUAAGAAAGUAUAGACGAGUGCUGACAACUUCGUAGCCUUUUAUUUAAAUGGAUGCUGCAGUACUAUGAACUGUUUAUUAUCUUGAAGCAUCAUUUCUGAGAACUUAUCCGCAAGAUAUUUUUAUGCUUAAAGAUUUAAGAACUGAGACCACGGAGAAUGACUGUGUAUGCUCCAGUGACUGUUAGACAAAGCUUGGUAUAACUUUAUCUAACCUCUCUUUCUGAUUUGUUCCUUCGUGAAGCUGGCCAUCAGUGUUGGCCAUCAGUUUUUCCUGUUUGGCUAAAUAAACAUCAAACUUGCGUGUGGCGAGAGAGGAAGAGACAUUUCUCUUAAUUUGAAGGAAGCUCUUAUAAAAAUAAGAGAUUUUGAGAAUAGGGUUCACUUUCACUGUAUUUGAACUGCAUAAUCUAAAGCUUAGUGUGGGUAGAAUCCUUUGCUGUCAAGGAUUUAAUUUAAUGUCUCUGAGAUUGUAUUGACUUGAAUGUGUGUGCUUUUAUGUUCUUGUGCUGUUCGUACGUGUCGGCUGUGGGAAGAGAACAAAAAAUAACUUUAUCAAUAUUGGUUAGGUAAAGGGCAUUUAGUUGCAGUACUGCUAGAUAUCAGCUGUAGGCCUUGGGUUGGAAAACAUUUGGAGAAAUUCAAUUAACUUUGACAUGUUUGUCUUAAAAUAUUUUUCAUUAAUCUUUUUUUAAAUUAGGAUAACAUUUCUAUUCACUGAAAUUUAAAGUUAUCUUCAUUCUAUAAAAAUAGUUCUCUUUGCAUAGAAAGAGGACAUGAAAUUAGAUUUAACACCACCAAAAACAUGUGCAGAAGUUGCUGGUAUUUGCUGGGUGGAAGAAGUAAUAUGUGUGAAGUAAUUGGUUAUUAAUUGGACAGUGUCAUGACAAAACUUGCAUCGGAGACAGGUUCUGGAGUUAGCAGAGAGAAUGAUCUUGUGGAACAAGUAGAAUCACAACUGAAAGAGUAAAUAUCUUAUUUGUAGUGUGAAACACUACCCAGCAAGAUCCAGUCCCUGUCUUUAAUAGUUUAGCAAGAUCAAACUUAAACAUAUGUAAAUAUAAACUGAAUGAGAAAAUUUAAAAUGUUGGUGUUCAAGUCCAAUGUAUUAAAUGUUUUAAUCAUAAAUGGAACAGUGCAGCUAUGCCAGCAUACUACAUAUAUUCCUUUUUUUUUUUUUUAAAACUUUUACAAACAAAUGGUUUUAAUUGGACCAGGGUUUGGGAAAAUAAAAGCUUUAUAUAAAAGGAGUGCAUCAUAAUUAUACAAACGAUUUUCAGGGACUUCUCAACCACUUUGUGAACUUCUUUGCUUUAGCAUGCUUUUUAUCCUUGUUUGUUUUUGUUGGGUUUUUUUCCUUAAUGACCAUCUUGUAACCAUAACUUAGUGAAAGGAAGAGAAAAGUAUAUUUAGAGCAUUUUGUGGAUGUGCUUACUUAAGAACUUAUUCUUGCAUCCUUUAAAGUGUUUGCGUUUACAGGGUGGUAUUAAAAUAUUUUCCUGUAACUUUAAAUCUACAUGCCUCCAUUUAUAGAUAAGAUUCUGAAGCUGUAAUUUUUCCAAACUGUUGUAAGAUGACUUAUUUGUGAUGACACUUUGUCAACAUGUCAACGAUGUUUUCUGUACACUGUGCAAUAUAUUUUGGUUUUGCCACUUGUGACUAAUUUUUAUGACUUUGCUUUUUAGAAAACUGGUAAAUAAAACGGAUAUAUUUUUA